AUUCAAAUGUCAACUUGUCAACUACCAUAUUGAAGUUUGGUCAACGUGUGUGUUAUUUUAUACCACAAUGAGUGAAAAUUUGGAAAAAGGCGUCGAGAAUAUAAAAGUGAACAGUGAGGAAAAGGCAUGAAAAUUAAAUAUUUCUUUUUUCAAUAUGUUGAAAACUUUGAGUUCUUUGAGAAUUGUUGCUCCGGCAUUUCACCGUUCUUAUCCUUCCUUGGCUAAAUUGAAGAAAAACAAACUAGCAGCCCAGGGUGGGGGAGAAAAUUCAGUUGCAAAAGAACUGAAACCUUGGCCAGCAUUCAUCGAAGAAAGACUCACCUUAUGGAACAAACUGAAGUUAGAGUAUGAUGCAGAAAUUGCUGGCAAACCCCAAAAAUUAAUCAAAGUAACCUUACCUGAUGGUAAAAUUAUCGAAGGUACUGCAUGGAAGAGUACUGCCUAUGAUAUUGCUAAAACAAUUAGUCAAGGUUUAGCGGACAACACAGUCAUUUCCAAGGUAAAUGGUGUCUUAUGGGACCUUGACAGACCGCUGGAAGAUGAUUAUGAUUGUGAACUUCACCUUCUCAAAUUUGAUGACCCCGAAGCACAGGCUGUGUUUUGGCACUCCACAGCUCAUGUUCUUGGCGAGGCUUUAGAGAGGGUAUACGGGGGUUGUCUUUGUUAUGGACCUCCCAUUGAUUCUGGAUUUUAUUACGAUAUAUUCGUUGGAGAGAAAGGGAUUUCCCAAACUGACUUUCCUGUCCUGGAAAACUUGAUGAAGACUAUUGUCAAAGAAAAGCAAUCUUUCGAAAGACUGGAAAUGAAGAAAGAAGAUCUGCUGGAGAUGUUCAAGUAUAACCAAUUCAAAGUUCGCAUUUUGAAUGAAAAAGUUAACACUCCUACCACAACUGUCUAUAGAUGUGGACCUCUUAUAGACCUCUGCAGGGGGCCCCAUAUCAGACAUACUGGAAAAAUCAAAGCCCUGAAAGUUACCAAGAACUCAUCCACCUACUGGGAAGGCAAAGCAGAUGCAGAAACUCUCCAAAGAGUGUAUGGAGUCAGUUUUCCAGACACUAAACUGAUGAAGGAAUGGCAGCAUUUUCAAGAGGAGGCUGCUAAACGAGAUCAUAGAAAAAUUGGGAAGGAGCAAGAGUUGUUCUUCUUCCAUGAAUUGUCUCCAGGAUCGUGCUUUUUCCAACCUCGUGGUGCGCAUAUUUAUAAUACUUUGACAGAGUUCAUUAGGAAGCAGUAUAGAAAACGAGGGUUCCAAGAGGUCAUCACCCCUAACAUGUACAAUGUAAAACUGUGGCAAACCUCGGGGCACUGGUUACAUUAUGCAGAUAAUAUGUUUUCAUUCGAUGUUGAGAAAGAUAAGUUCGCUCUGAAGCCAAUGAAUUGCCCUGGACAUUGCCUACUAUUUGAUAAUCGCAUCAGAUCAUGGAGAGAACUACCUUUGCGUCUCGCCGAUUUUGGAGUACUACACCGAAACGAACUCUCUGGGGCACUCACAGGUCUGACUAGAGUAAGGAGGUUUCAGCAAGAUGACGCCCACAUAUUCUGCACGCCAGAACAGAUCAGGGAAGAAAUCAGCAGCUGUCUAGAUUUCGUCAACACUGUGUAUACUACUUUUGGAUUCACGAUGGACGUUUGUUUAUCUACUAGACCUGAAAAAUAUCUUGGAGAUAUUGAAUUGUGGAACACUGCUGAAAAGGCCUUGGGCGAAAGUUUAGACAAUUUUGGUCAGCCUUGGAAAAUUAAUCCAGGAGAUGGAGCUUUUUACGGUCCAAAAAUUGACAUUACCAUCCAAGAUGCCUUGAGGCGGUCUCAUCAGUGUGCUACUAUCCAGCUAGAUUUCCAGUUACCCAUCAGGUUCAACCUGUCUUAUGUGAGUGAAUCUGGAGAGAAAAAACGACCCGUCAUUAUUCACAGAGCGAUUCUCGGCUCGCUUGAAAGAAGCAUAGCCAUCCUUACAGAAUCGUAUGCAGGGAAAUGGCCUUUUUGGCUGUCUCCCAGGCAAGUAAUGAUCAUUCCAGUUGGACCGACAUACGAUGAGUAUGCAGAGCAAGUGAAGCAGAAACUGUUUGAUGCAGGAUUCAUGGUGGAAGUCGACACCGAUCCAGGAGAUACCAUGAACAAGAAGAUAAGGAAUGCCCAACUGGCUCAGUUUAAUUUCAUUUUAGUUGUUGGUGAAAAGGAACGUUCCAGCAAUACAGUCAACAUUCGCACUAGGGAUAACGUGAUCCACGGGGAAUGUUCUGUAGAUGAUUUAAUACAGAAAUUCAAUGGUUUCAGGGAUAACUACACAAAAACUGAAAACGAAUUUUAGAUAAUACCAUUGCUGUGGAUAAGUAUUGACGAUAAUACUUAAGAAUAGAUCUUCUUUAUUUAUUAUUUUUUAUCAUUUUGCAUAAGGGUACAGUGACUUGAAUAAAAUGAGCACUUAUUUUAAAAUUUCAGUAUUUUUACAUAUAUGGACAAAUUAAAUUACCUUUUCUUUUCAAUAAAAACCUAAUGAUGAGAUCAGUGAAAAAAUUGUUGUUCGUCAGUGAUGAUAGAUCUCAUUAACAUUUGUUGUAUUAUUUUACUCUGAAAAGCUCGUGGGUAGAUGUUAUUUAAUAAUUUAUUCUUCUGCUUCAAUCUGCUUGACACCUCAUGAAACCUCAUUGUUCAAAUAAAUAAUGCCUCAUAAGUA